AUGGUGGACAGCGAUAUCGUGGCAAAAUGGAGCGUUCCACUUCAAAAUAAGGUUCAUCGAAUAGAAUUCGAACACGGGACCACCACAGGCAAGCGAGUUAUUCGUAUAGAUGGAAAGGAGAUUCUCCGUCGUGACUGGAUGUUCAAAUUAGUUGGUAGCGAGAGCUUUCAGCUGGGUAACAUGAAAUGCACUAUUACCGUACAAGCCCUCGGCACCUUCGCCUACGAAUAUUCUCUCGAGGUGAAUGGAAAGAACUACGAGAAAUUCCGAGAAGAGCAGUGUAAGAAGUUACUGUGUUGGGAGACGAUAAUCAGCGGCGAGGAGACGAGGAUCGUGUUAGAUAAGGAGACGAUGGAGGUCUGGGUGAAUGGAAUGAAGAUUGACACAGCUGGUGAAUUUGUAGCUGAUGGCACGGAGACACACUUUGAAGUUGGACGCCAUGUGUGCAAAAUCACAGCGGCGAGCAGUGGACGCAAGAAAAUUGGUGUCGUACACGAUCUCUACGUCGAUGGCGAACUAAUUCCUCACUUCACGUUCAGAAAGAGACAAUAA